AUGCCCGGACCCCCCCCCCCUCGGUGUGCCGAGCGCGGGGCUGCCCGGAAGACAAUUAAGCCGUUCGUAGGGCCAGGUGCUGCCCCCAGCCGGGCACUGCUGUUACCGCCCGCAGACAAAAGGCAAACCUGCGGCCUAGAGAAGUUCAGUAAGUUGCCUGGGCUCACACAGCUAGAAAGUGUGUUCGGGGGCCCGUGUGUGGUGGGAGACAGACACAGGGCAGGCGAGGCUUUCUGCGAGCUGGAGGACCGCCCCGGCCAAGGCACCGAGCUGGGAGAGCGCCCGGCAUUUCUCAAGCAAAAAGUGCCUCCUGCCCUGGCAGCAGUGUGGACCCCACUGCUGGAGAGUCCCUUCUCACUCACAGUGACCUGUAAGACAGAGGAGAGCUGGUCCAUAGGCGUCCCAAAGCUGACACUGAUUUCCCCAUGGACAAUGGCAGCCACAAUCCAGGCCAUGGAGAGGAAGAUUGAAUCGCAGGCUGCUCGCUUGCUUUCCCUUGAAGGCCGGACUGGAAUGGCUGAGAAGAAACUGGCCGACUGCGAGAAGACGGCUGUGGAGUUCGGAAACCACAUGGAAAGCAAGUGGGCCGUGCUGGGGACGUUGCUACAGGAGUACGGGCUGCUGCAGCGGAGGCUGGAGAACAUGGAGAACCUGCUGAGGAAUAGAAACUUCUGGAUCCUGCGGCUGCCUCCGGGCAGCAAGGGCGAGGUGCCCAAGGAGUGGGGGAAGCUGGACGAGUGGCAGAAGGAGCUGUACAAGCACGUGAUGAGGGGCAACUACGAGACUCUGGUGUCCCUGGACUACGCUAUCUCCAAACCAGAGGUCCUCUCCCAGAUUGAACAAGGAAAAGAGCCAUGCAACUGGCGUCGCACUGGCCCCAAGAUUCCAGAUGUUCCAGUGGAUCCUAGUCCGGGCUCCGGGCCCCCUGUCCCCGCUCCUGACCUUCUGAUGCAGAUCAAGCAGGAGGGCGAACUCCAGCUUCAGGAGCAGCAGGCUCUGGGGGUGGAGGCCUGGGCAGCCGGGCAGCCGGACAUCGGGGAGGAGCCCUGGGGGCUGAGCCAGCUGGACUCUGGAGCCGGAGACCUCUCCACAGACACGCCCCCUGGUAUCCAUUCAAGCUUUCCCACCACUAUCCCUCCCAGCUCCUGGCAGGCUGACCUCCCUCCCCACCACCCUUCCUCAGCCUGCUCAGAUGGGACCCUGAAGCUCAACACUGUGGCCUCCACAGAAGAUGUAAAAAUCGUGAUUAAAACGGAGGUCCAGGAGGAGGAGGUAGUGGCCACACCGGUGCAUCCUACCGACCUGGAGGCCCACGGAGCCCUGUUUGCACCAGGCCAGGCCACGAGGUUUUUCCCCAGCCCUGUCCAGGAGGGGGCCUGGGAGAGCCAGGGCAGCGCCUUUCCCAGCCAGGACCCUGUGCUGGGACUGAGGGAGCCGGGCAGACCGGAGCGGGACGGCCGGGAGCUUAGCCCUGCGGUGGCCCAGGAGGAAACCCCCGCGGGGGACUGGCUCUUUGGUGGGGUCCGGUGGGGUUGGAACUUCCGGUGCAAACCUUCUAUGGGCCUAAACCCCAGGCCUGGGCCUGAGGGUCUCCCUUACCCCAUCCCAGACAGUGCAGAGGUGGUCCUGGACCCCGGCCAGGCCCCAAGACCUUUCAACGAUCGUUGUAAGUACCCGGGCUGGACAAAGGGCUUUGGCCACAAGCCCGGGUUGAAGAAGCACCCAACAGCGCCUCCUGGAGGCCGGCCUUUCACCUGCGCCACGUGUGGGAAGAGUUUCCAGCUGCAGGUCAGCCUGGCCGCCCACCAGCGCGCCUGCGGGCUGCCUGAAGGCACGGGCGCGGGCACCGGCACGGGCGCAGCCAGCACCACGGGCGCCACAGGUGGCAGCACACGCGGGGACGGGAACGCGCUACGCUGCGGGGAGUGUGGGCGCUGCUUCACGCGGCCGGCCCACCUCAUCCGACACCGGAUGCUGCACACCGGGGAGCGGCCCUUCCCCUGCACCGAGUGCGAGAAGCGCUUCACCGAGCGAUCCAAGCUCAUCGACCACUACCGGACGCACACAGGCGUACGGCCCUUCGCCUGCACCGUCUGCGGCAAGAGCUUCAUCCGCAAGGACCACCUGCGCAAACACCAGCGCAACCACGCUGCUGGCGCCAAGGGGCCGGCCCGGGGUCAGCCGCUCCCACCUUUGCCAGCAGCGCCCCCGGACCCCUUCAAAAGCCCGGGCGCCAAAGGGCCCGGGACCACCACAGACCUGGUGACGGAUUGGACGUGUAGCCUCAGCGUCUUGGGGCCCGCCGACGGCAGUAGCCUGUGA